AUGGCCGAGCUAGCGACGAGGGCUACCAAUGUUAAGUGCCUCGAGAGUGCUGGAGUGUUAGAAUUGCUACGUCCACUGCUAUCCGACACCUGCAGUACAGUGCGGCAGUGCGCAGUGGUAGCAGCGGCGCGGCUCGCCGAGCACGAGGAGGGCGUCGCGCGACAGCUGCUCAGUGGCGGCAUGCUUACUAUCGCUCUUGAAAAUUUAAAUAAAUAUAACGUUUACUACAAGCGAUCUGCAUUGUAUCUCGUCAGAACUAUUGCGAAACACAACGAAGAAUUAGCUUCUACUAUGGUUAGACUUGGGGCUUUAGAGCACAUUGUUUCAUGUUUAGAAGAUUUUGACACGCAGGUUAAAGAAAAUGCUGCAUGGGCAUUAGGUUACAUAGGGAAGCAUAACGAGCACAUGGCAGGAUUAGUAGUAGAUUCCGGAACUUUACCAUUAUUAGUGUUGGCUUUUCAAGAACCUGAAAUGAGUUUGAAACAGAUUGCAGCCGGUGCUUUAGUGGAUUUAGCGCAACAUAAACCAGAGGCUGUUGUCGAUGCAGGGGCAAUUUGUCAUUUAAUACGUGCACUAGAAAAUCAAGACCCUAAGCUAAAGCGUAGCACUCUGUGUGCGUUAAGCGCGAUAGCGAGCGCUCGGUCGGAGCUGGCGGAGGCGGUGGUGGCGGGCGGCGCGCUGCCUCCCGCGCUGCUACACGCCGGCCAUGACGCCGCGCCCGUGCGCCGCGCUGCGGCCUGCUUGUUGCGCGAUAUCGUUAAGCAUUCCGUUGAAUUAGCUCAGUUAGUGGUGAAUACAGGAGGUUGCGGUCCUUUGGUUGAACUCCUUUCAGAAAAUGCGGGAGCUCGUGUGUCCGCCUGCAUGGCGUUGGGAUAUAUCGCUGGACAAUCUGAUCAGUUGGCAAUGGCUGUUAUAGAAUCAAAGGCAGUGGUGCCGUUGGUAGAAAUACUCCAGAAUAGUGAGGCAGAGGAUGCAGAAUUAUGUGCAGUUGCCUGGACUAUAGGACACCUAGCAAAGCAUUCACCACAACAUAGCCUUGCUAUUGCUGUUGCCAAUGCCCUCCCUAAAUUAUUACAAUUGUAUACAAAUCCAAAAUCAUCUGGAGAAGUGAAAGCCAGGGCAUCUUGUGCGUUAAAACAGUCACUUCAAUGUUGCUUGCAUCGACCAGCUUUAGAACCAUUAUUACAUGCGGCUCCUGCAUGUAUACUCAAAUAUGUUCUGGCACAGUAUGCAAAGGUA